AUGAUAGAGGAGUACCAAGGACGCGAUUACGACACGCUGCGGCGGAACUGCUGUCACUUCUGUGAGGACCUCUGUCAGCGCCUUGGAGUUUCCAAGCUGCCUGACUGGGUCUAUCGACUGGCCAGAAUCGGAGCAGCCGCAGCAGACUUCGUGAACGAUACUAUGAAUGAUAGUUGGUCGGAGCGACUGCAAGAGAUGCUCCCAGAAUCCUUGUCGUCGGUAUGUGCCAGUUGGAAGACAUCCAGCGAGGAGACUUCCAGCAAACCUCCUGUAGAGGGUGCGCUGCCUGUCGACCCUGGAAUGGCUUACCCGCCCUUGUGA